GUGUUUGGAAGGCUGCCGACGAGCGCGCGAGCGUGAGUGAAAGAGUGUACGCGCGUUUCCCCUCAGCAGUCAGUUGACAGCUGGAAGGCGGUGGAGCUUCGCGAUACAGCAAACUUUCGAUUUUUUCCUUUUGUUUUGACGUUUUACGCGCUAGUCACUAGAACAUUCUGUUCGUGAAAGCGCGCAGAGGGCAUUCCCCUCUUCACUUAUGCACCUUUUGUUUUAAUUUUAACAGCAUCGUUGUUUAUAUAAAGCACCUAUGACAGUACGCAAGUGGAAGUAAGUGAAGAGCUGUCGCCGGUUCCUAAAACAAGGGUGAAAAGAGCGUGAACCAUCUCAGAGGACAAUAACCAUUUGGAAGAAAAGAAUAUUGCAUUUUUAAUGCUUGGCGCUUAAAAUAAUUUUCUUCACCUGUACAGUAUAAAAUGACUUUUUACCUCAUCCACACAACACAAAAAGCAGCCUUUGUCUGAUUUAAAGGAAACAACUGUAAUAUUUUAACAAUGCCAACUUGGCUUGAUACAGAAACUUGGUAUGGUGGACUUCUAACCAGGCAGAAGAAACAUGGUUCUCUAUCCCUAAGCGAUCAUCAGUUGUGCCUUUAUUUCUUCAUGACACGUGGAUGGAUAUAGACAUUGUUACACUGCAGUCGCCAUCCAAUUCCUACUAAUAUCAGUGACAUUAUAGGUCUCAGAGAAUGAUAUGUCCAAGAAAGAAGAGGCCCAUCAAAGAUGAGGAUUUCUCUGCCAUCGUGGUGCCCUCCAUGAGGGGUCAUGGUUAUUUGGAUUACACGGUUGAAAGUCAUCCCUGUAGAGCCAUGCAGAUCAUGGACGAGCUCCGCCAUCAUGAUUUGCUCUGUGACCUGGUUCUACACGUGUCUUACAAAGACAAGAUAGUGGAUUUCAAGGUGCAUAAACUGGUGCUGGCUGCCUGCAGUCCUUACUUCAGAGCCAUGUUCACCAGUAACUUCAAGGAAUGCCAUGCCUCGGAGGUCACCCUACGAGACGUGUGUCCUCAGGUCAUCAGCCGCCUCAUCGACUUCGCCUACACCUCCCGUAUAACAGUGGGCGAGAAGUGCGUUCUCCACGUCCUCUUGACUGCGAUGCGCUAUCAGAUGGAAGAAGUGGCCAAAGCGUGCUGUGAUUUCCUCACAAAGAACCUGGAGCCGUCAAAUGUCAUAGGCAUCUCGAGAUUUGCAGAGGAGAUCGGCUGCACCGAGCUGCACCUUCGCACAAGGGAGUAUAUCAACACUCACUUCAAUGAGGUAACCAAAGAGGAAGAGUUCUUCAGUUUGUCCCAUUGCCAGCUGCUGGAGCUGAUCAGCCAGGACAGUAUAAAGGUGCUCUGCGAGUCCGAGGUCUACAAGGCCUGCAUCGACUGGGUUCGCUGGGAUGCGGAGAGCCGAGCGCAGUACUUCCAUGCCCUCCUCAACGCGGUCCACAUCUACGCCCUGCCACCCACAUUCCUCAAAAGGCAACUGCAAUCCUGCCCCAUCCUCAGCAAGGCCAACUCCUGCAAGGACUUCUUGUCCAAGAUCUUCCAGGACAUGGCUCUUCGAAAACCCCUGCCGCCCGCUCCUCAUCGUGGAACGCAGCUCAUCUACAUAGCGGGAGGGUACAAGCAACACUCUCUGGACUCUCUGGAAGCCUUCGACCCACGGAAGAAUGUCUGGAUAAAGCUGGCUGACAUGGGAUCUCCUUGUAGCGGGCUUGGGGCGUGCGUGUUGUUCGGGCUGCUUUAUACGGUUGGGGGACGGAAUCUGUCUCUGCAGAACAACACGGAGUCUGGAUCUUUGUCCUGCUACAACCCCAUGACGAACCAGUGGACCCAGCUGGCUCCGCUCAACACGCCCAGAAACCGAGUGGGUGUCGGGGUCAUUGACGGCAGCAUUUAUGCCGUAGGGGGUUCACAUGCCUCUACACAUCACAACAGCGUUGAGAGGUAUGACCCAGAAACAAACCGCUGGACGUUUGUGGCCCCUAUGUCAGUGGCACGGCUGGGGGCCGGCGUCGCCACGUGUGGGGGAAGUCUGUAUGUGGUUGGGGGUUUCGACGGGGACAAUCGAUGGAACACGGUUGAGCGCUAUCAACCAGACACGAACACCUGGCAGCAUGUGGCACCUAUGAACACAGUUCGGAGCGGUCUUGGGGUGGUGUGUAUGGAUAACUACCUCUAUGCAGUUGGUGGCUAUGAUGGUCAAACACAGCUCAAAACUACAGAGAGAUACAACGUCACUCGAGACGUGUGGGAACCAAUGGCCUCUAUGAACCAAUGCCGCAGUGCACAUGGAGUCACGGUCUACCAAUGCAAGAUUUAUGUGUUAGGUGGAUUCAAUCAAGGGGGUUUCUUGUCCAGCGUGGAGUGCUACUGUCCAGGCGGUAACGUAUGGACGUAUGUAACAGAUAUGCCUGUUGGGCGCAGCGGAAUGGGUGUCGCUGUAACCAUGGAACCCUGUCCUGGAAUCCUGCCAGAGGAGGAUGAAGAAGAGGAGGAGAUGUAAUGUAGAAGUUUGACCUGUGAACUUUGAACAUGUGCCAUUUUGAAGACAGCACAUGCUGCAUUUCCUUCAAACCUCUUAAUGCAUGUGAUGCCAAUGAGGACAUGCAAUUUAGGUUAAUUUUGAAGUUUUUUUGAUUGAUCUUCCUUCACUACAGUGUGUGUGAUUUAAAGAGAGAAAUGUUGCGAAUCACUGGACUAAUGAAUCUCCGAUCACAAGAUCCUUUGACUGAGACACACACAAUCGUUUUGUCGAACUGCUGAAUAUGUAAUUUUGUAAGCUCAUUCUAUAAUACUUUUCAUGUCUGUAAAUGCACUGUUUAAUGUGCACACCUGAUAAAACACUGAAAUCUUAUAAAAGUUUGGGUUUUGUUUCUGACUUUAGGAUCCCUGCUGUUUGUCAGGAGUGUUUGCAGUAACAUUUUGUUCUAAGCUAGGACACUACCAGUCAAAAGUUUUUGAACAGUAAGAUUUUUAAUGUUUUUUUUUUUUAAAGACGUCUUUUCUGUUCACCAAGCCUGCAUUUAUUUGAUCCAAAGUACAGCAAAAACAGUAACAUUUUAAAAUAUUUUUUCUAUUUAAAAUAACUGUCUUCUAUGUGAAUAUAUUUUAAAAUGUAAUUUAUUCCUGUGAUUUUAAAGCUGAUUUUUUUUUUUUAGAAUCAUUACUCCAGUCACAUGAUCCUUCAGAAAACAUCCUAAUAUUCUGAUUUGCUGCUCCUAAAAAACAUGUAUUAUUAUUAUGUUAAAAACAGCUGAGUAGAUUUUUUUUUCACGUUUCUUUGAUGAAUAGAGAGUUCAGAAGAACAGCAUUUAUCUGAAAUAGAAAUCUUAUGUAACAUUAUAAAUGUCUUUAUCAUCACUUUUGCUAAAUUUAUAGCAUCCUUGCUAAAUAAAAGUAUUAAUUUCUAUCAUUUCUUUACCCCCCAAAAAAGCUUUUGAAUGGUAUAGUGUAUAAUGUUACAAAAGCUUUUUAUUUCAGACAAAUGCUGAUCUUUGGAUCUUUCUGUCGAAGAAUCCUGAAAAACGUACAUACUGUUUUAGAUAUUGAUAAUAAUAAAAAUGUCUCUUGAGCAGCAAAUCAGCAUAUUAGAAUGAUUUUUAAAGGAUCAUGUGACACUGAAGACUGGAGUAAUGAUGCUGGAAAUUUAGCUUUAAUUUUAAAUUAAAUUAAUUACAUUUUAAAAUUUUAAAAAUAAUUCAAAUAAAAAUAUUUCAAAACUUUAUUGCUGUACUUUGGAAAUAAAUGCAAGCUUGUUGACCAGAAGAGACGUCUUUUAAAAAAACAUUAAAAAUCUUACUGUUCAAAAACUUUUGACUGGUAGUGUAUAUAAUGCAUUAAAUAAGCUAUUUUAAGUGUUCUGAAAUUAAUAUGUAACAUCUUAUAAUACACCUCAUAAUCAGUAGAAUGUUUUUGAAAUAAUUAAAGAGUAUAAUUAUAAUUGUUAUAAUACUUAAUAUUCCUCAUAUGGUUUAACAGUAAAAAUAGGUAAAUAUUAUAUUACAAAUAAUUCUAAAAAUAUCACAGAUAUCAAUAGUAUCUUAAUGUAUAGCCUAUACACAACAGACUUCAUAAAAGGUGUUGCCAUGAUUACUUUUUACCACUAGGUGGCGGACUUCUACUUGCAAAUGCAAUGGGAGCACAUAAGGGCACGUCUCAAUACUAACACUUGUGGUCUUUGCACUUGACUACUUGUCUACUUACAUGAUGUAUUUCCUAUAUUUUGCCCAAGUGGGUGUGAAGACCCCAAGUAUUUGUAAAACUUUUGAUUACCCAAUUUUAAAAAAUGCAUGUAGUUUUACAGAUCUUUACAUACACAUUUUAAUUUUCAAUACGUUGCACUUUAUAAUAAGCGUCUGUCUGUUCAUCAGUAUCUAUGUAAUAUAAAAUGUAUGUAAUAAUUCAUGUUAAGUUGUUUUUGAAAUUUCUCAAUUUAAAAACAUAAUGAAUAGCACUGAGUUUUGGCAUUAUUCAGAAAUGGGGCAGUCUUGUUCACUUUGUAGUGAACAAGACAGCAAGUGUGGGUAUUGGAACAGGCCUUUUGUACUGAAUGAAGUGAUGUGAAUAUACAAUAAGUUUACAAUAAGUUAAUUUAUUGAAAUUAUAAACUGUGUUAAUUUAAUCUUUAACUUUAAAAAUCUUUAGUUUGAAUAAAUCUUUCACAGAUUAAUUUAGAAAAAUACUUAAUUUGUCCCUUUUUUUUAAAAAAAAAAGAAUGUUUUGGAUGGGAAAACAGUUUGUGUGCUAUUUUCU